AUGAAGUCCCUAGGUCUCGGUCUACUCUGCUCCCUGCUGUGCAAACUGGCAUGGGCUCAAGAGCUGGAGCUACAAGCUGAAGGUAUAGCAAAUCAAUUGCAGCCGUUGCCUAUUUUUUAUCAAACGGAAGACUUCGCUAUAGCGACAACUUUGAAGCUGAAUUGGUUCCAAGCUGAAGCCGCCUGUGCUUCACUGGGCUGGACCUUGGUUAGUUUGGAGACCCAAGCCAAGCACAACAGUGUUUACAACUUUAUGCUCAAGUCGGGCCAAUUGAAAUCUAUCAACGAACCGGUUUGGACCUCCGGCACAAAUCUGGCCAACACUAAUAGAUGGAGCUGGUUCAGCACUGGUUCCGCAUUCAAGUAUCGGAAUUUCCCAUAUCCACCUCCUAAUUCAUACAGAUGCGCUGGCCUACAUUCUGUUACAGGUUACUGGAUUUCUGAAGAUUGCGGUUCGAGGCGUCACUUUGUGUGCGAACCACGUUGCUAAUGAAAUACUUCCAAAAUAUCUAUAAUAUAUA